CUUUGUUAUUUCAGAGGAUUUUAUUCUGACAAUUUUGAUAUGUAUUUCCAUAUUACAUUUAUUAAUUUAUUUAUGAACCUUUAUUAGUAUAAUACAGAAUAGUUAUCGAUUGUAGGCAAAGGUUUAAAUGGAUCAAUAUAUUUCAACUUUGUUUAUUUAACAAAGUUAGAUGGCAGUAGUGAGUUACCUUUAGCAAGUUAGUAGAGAAUUUUCUUUGCACCAUUCCGCACGUCGUUAUGAAAGGUUAAUUGACGUUAAAAAGUUUUUUUAAUACCUUGCACACCCAGUGAUCAACGGGAAAGUUGAAAUAAUUGUGUGUCAAAUUCACAGUUACUGAGUGCGGGAGAAGUAUCGCAAAAUCAAAACUCCUGGUCAUUUGUUUACGACGAGAGACGUACGUGACAUAUGUCGUGUGCUGCAUUGCAGGCCAUAUUUUGAUGAAUGGCCACGAUGAAAAAUGUCGUGCGUAUGGUAAGAAUGUGAGAAUUAUUUUUGCAUCACUCGAGACUGCGAGAAUCAACACUUUGUCUGGAAGUCGAUAUUAAGUCUUGUUCUGUGCCAGAAUGUCGACAAUUUUUCGAUAAGCAGUGUGACCCCCCGGAGUCGAUGGAUUUCGCAUGAGACGCCCAGUCAUCUUGCAUUUGAAACUUUGCACUCCAAAGUGAUAAAGAGUGUCCAAUUUUUCCGUCGUCUUAACCAAAUAUAGAUCAUCUUAAAGAUUGGCAAUGGAGAGUUCCGAAGAACCGUCAAGUUUGCAGUCAAUUUGUCAAUUGCGGGCCUCUGAACUUUAUCCGAAAGCUUCGCACAUGGAAUGCGAGGAUAACAGUUUAGUUGUUCCAUUUGUACCUGUGAGUGGAGAAUCAGUAACUGCACUUGGUCGCACUUCAGAUGGAGUUUUGGCACUUUCAAAUUAUAGACUUUAUCUUCAAGCCGGAAAAGCUUGCUGCAAUAUCCCUCUCGGUCUAGUCGAAACUGUUGAAGUGAAGGAAAUGUUUUUUCUUCACAUUGGUUGCAAAGACGCCCGAUCUCUCAGUUGCUCUUUUUCUACCAAUGAACAUUGUUUGGAAUGGUAUAAGCGACUACAUAAAGUGAUAAGCCCUCGGAAAAGCAUAGAAGAUAUGUUUGCAUUUGCUUACUAUGCGUGGUCCACCGAAGAGGGUAAAGAUUAUCCUAGACUUGGGAAGGAGAGUAGUACGUAUCUGUCCACUUUCAACUCGGAAGUGGAACGGUUAAGGUUCAAUUUGCAUGGGUCUUGGCGAAUAAGUCAAAUCAACAAAGAUUACCGAAUGUGCCCGUCAUAUCCUCCACAGCUGCUUGUACCUGCUUGCAUUUCAGACGAAACUCUUGAAAAUGUUGCCAAAUUUAGAAGUUCGCGGAGAAUACCUGCCGUUGUGUGGAGGAACGUGAAAAACGGAGCGGUAAUUGCGCGCAGUAGUCAACCAGAAGUCGGUUGGCUUGGUUGGCGAAGUGGAGAGGAUGAAGAUCUUUUAAAAGCUCUGUCUGACGCCUGUUCGUACGACAGAGGGGAAUCAACAAUGAUUGAUUCGCCAAUUAAUUACCCUGACGCAGGAGAGGAAACUGCGGUGGCAAACAAUGCCAGUAAAAAAAAAGUACUGAUUGUUGAUGCGAGGUCUUAUACGACAGCGGUCGCGAAUCGAGCACGAGGCGGAGGCUGUGAAUGUCCUGAGUAUUAUCUCAGCUGCGACAUACAGUUCAUGAAUCUUGCAAAUAUACACUCUAUUCGAAAAAGCUUUCACGCGGUGAGGCAGCUUUGCGCCUCCGAUUCUGAACAACCAAAUUAUCUGAGUUUAUUAGAAAAUACGCGAUGGUUGCAACACAUGUCGGGAUUAUUACAAGCAGCGGUUACAGUUGCAUCUGCGAUCGAAAGUGACGGAAGGCCAGUAUUAGUUCACUGCAGCGAUGGGUGGGAUAGAACGCCUCAAAUCGUAGCAUUGGCCCAGAUAUUACUCGAUCCUUAUUAUCGAACAAUGGAGGGUUUUCAAAUUUUAUGUGAAAGAGAAUGGCUUGAUUUUGGUCAUAAGUUUGCCGAUAGAUGUGGACAAACAGUUGGUGGCGAAGAUCCAAAUGAACGUUGUCCAGUAUUUUUACAAUGGCUCGACUGUGUCCAUCAGUUAAUUAAACAAUUUCCUUGUAGCUUUCAAAUGUCGCCUGCAUAUCUUGUGAAAUUAGCGCAGCAUACGUAUUCUCAACUUUUUGGAACGUUUCUAUGCAAUACGAGACAUGAGAGGCUUCAGCUGAGAAUUCAAGAGCGAACAUUCUCAGUGUGGCGGUUUCUCAACUCCACUUCGUUUAUAAAUCAUCUGUACUCUCCGUUAAAAAUUCAAGUAUUAUGGCCAAGUUAUAAUGUGAGAGAUUUGGUACUUUGGUCAGAGGUGUAUUUAGGAUCCUUGGAAACUACUCUCGGUGUCAGUGAUAUAAAGCAGAGAAUGACAAUGAUUGACAUAGAAAAUGGUGAAAACGAAGAGCCACAGGGACAAAUGACAAAAACACGAUCUUACGGUGAUCUUAUUCAUGCACAAGAUCAUUUAACACGACUUCAACGAAGAUUGAGUGACUCUAGCAUUUCCAUCGAGAAAAAAUUUGACACACUGUGUCUUGAUAGUCAAUCGGAUAAAGAUGAGGAGAUUCAGAAUAUUGAUAAGCCUGAAGAAAAUACAAAGAAAGAAAUGGAAGCUGAAGAAAGGAGAAAUGCGUUCAGUGUUAAAAAGGAACCAAGUGAAUUACCCAUUAAUACCUCUGGGGAUAGUUCCACUGAUACUCUGAUUCCUAACAGCGAUAAUCUAUCAAAUGGAGAAAAGGAAACAUUGCAAGCUUAUCCUUCACAAAAUAAUGAAUCGCGUUGGAUCGAACCUGGAACAAGUCGAGGAAAUUGUAACUGUAAUCGAGUUCAUGCUGAAAAUGUCGAUUUGAGUGAAACGAGUAUAAAUUCUCGCUCAGCGAGUAGUGUUUGUCCCGCAUCUCCCAUUCAUCAGGAAGUCAUAGACAACCUUGAUAAGCUGGACGAUGUUGACGGCCUUCCUCUGAUUCAUUGCGACGUACAACUGAGAGUUCAACAAAUCAUUGUGGAACACAAGCUCAAGGAAGAUGCAUUACGGAAAGAAUUGCAUGCCACGAGAUUAGCAUUGAUCAAGCAAGUCUGUCAUCACACAACUGAUAAUGACCGGAUUGACGAUAUAGGUUCUUUGCCGGAUUCUGUGGAAAGUGCUGGAGAUCAUGGAGAAUCGUUACCUUCAGACAUGUCCUGGGAAGCAGUGGAGGAAUUGGCACCGGCACCAACUCUUUGGGUACCUGAUCACGCUGUUGAUCAUUGCAUGGGUUGUGGGAUCGAGUUUUGGCUUGGAAGACGUAGACAUCACUGCAGGUCUUGCGGAAGAGUUUUUUGCGCAGAUUGUUCCGAGAAUUCAACUCCAUUACCAAGCGAGCAACUUUACAGUCCAGUGAGAGUAUGCAGCGAUUGUUUCUGUCGACUUCAUCAUCACACUAGUCCUUGCCAAUGCAACGCUCACGAGAGAACAGUAGGAAGUGAGGUAGUAACGGGCAGUAGUUUCGAAGGAACAACGUCGUGCCAAAGAACGACGAAGGUCACUUCUUUGGGAGAAGCAAAUGUAGUGAACUGAACAAAUGGAAAAUUUCUUUUGCGAAAAAGGGAAACGUCAAAAUGUAACUUAAUAUCGACAUUCCAACAGUACUGAGAGUGUCGAAAUUUAUACAUAAAUUUGUAUUGGAAACAUGCAUUCUGUUAUGCAAGUCGCGUGAACCAACGCGUUAGAUUCUUUGAGCGAUCUAAUAUUUAUUGCUAGAAUUAAUAAUUUCUACUAAGUGGUGUAUAGAAAAUGAGAUGGAAAUCGGAGUGUGAAAGAUCUGAAUGAGCGACGAUAUUGUGCAAUGUGUAUGUUUUAGAAUAGAGUCAGGCGAAGACUUUUGGCUCCUUCGUAUGCAAUUCAGGUUUUUCGAUUUAUAGGUUUUGAUUCGAAAACAAAAAGGUUAAGAUAUGUUUUAAGUAGGCUGUGACAGAAGUUUUAAGUUUAAUAUACGUGUGAGGACAGGCUUUGCCGCCAUGUUAUUUGAAUUGUUGAUUCGUUGUUGACUCUUGCACCAAGUCCAAAAAAAAAAGAAAAAACAAACAUUGAUUGAUAAAAAUUCUCAAAAUAUUUUUGGAUAUAUAAAAAUUUUAAAUGUCAUUAUACUACAGUGUUUUAAAUGUAUUUUCCUGGUAUUACGUAACUCGUCUGAUUCCUGAAAGAGUGCGAAAUUCUCCUUUCGUGCGCUUUUUAAAAAAAUUUAAGUUUUAAUUUCUAAUAAAGUUUGCGAAACGGAACUUCAAAUUUACACUUCAAUUUAUGUAAUUUUAAUCUACUUUGUGGGUAUAUUUAUUUGAAAAAAUAUAUUUUUAAAUGUACGAAAAAUAUAUACAAAAUAAAAACUAUGUUUAUUUACUUUCAUUUAUUUAGAAUUAGAUUUUAAGAAUAUUUUUUAAAUCCACAUAUUUUUGUAAAAAAUUUCUAAUCAGCAAAAUAUGUAUUUUUUAAAAACGUAUUCAACCUUAUUUUUUAUAAUAGAUAGACAGCUAUUUUCAUGCAUUAAAAAGCUGUUGGUUUGAAGUUUCGUUAGUAGGUCAAAAAUCCUUAAAAAUACUAAGUAAUCUGUGUACAACGACCUGAAAUAUUGCAGAUAUUUAUUAAAGAUUUGAGAUGUGUGACGUUUAUUGUACCAAAUUAAAAAAGUGGAUAUUUGAAUAACAAGCUGACACGCCAAUGAUUAGUGCUCUCGAGUGCAAAAGAAUUUUAAACUUGGAUAUUCACGCAAUAUCACGUUAGUAAGUUUUAAAUCAAGCUAUGUAUAUAUGUCCAAUUGAUAAUUUGAAUUAUAGAAAAAGAGUCAAGUAUUUUCGCGUUCUGUAUUCUGUAGUCAUGACUUUCAAGUCCUAACAUCGAUUGCACAUAUACAUCUGCGGAGCGAAUAAAAAUAAAAUCAUUUAUUUACAAUA